UCCAACCACACCAUUUUGGAGUUUGCAAUGAGCGAAACUUGAGAUAUACUUUUGUUUUUGUUGAAAGGCAUAGCUAAAUUCUCGAGGCACCAACCAAUGUUUUCUUCUUUCUCAUUCUCCUGCCAUGCAUAUAUAUAUAACCCUGGCUAACUCCCACCAUAUUCAUUCCCCUCUUGAUUCAAACAGCUACACCCAAAAAGAAAGUACAAAACUUUAUCACCCGAAGCCUCAAAAGCUCUCUCCUUUGUCCUUCGCCUCCUUCCACUUGUGAUCGAUGGAGGCGAAGUAGCACAGUGUUUGCCCAACGAGCCACCGUGACACAGAUGAACACACGAUGAGAUCCUAAACCAUCAUCGAUCCUGGGAGGACUGAAAUGGAGAUGCGGCGGAUGAGGGAAUUGUUGUCACUGUCUUUGUCAUUUGAAAGCGAGAGAGUGUUCAUUGUGGGUGGAAAUCACACUGCAGCCAGAUUUUGCACUCGCUAAAAGUAUUGUCACCCUAACAAAAAAAAAGCUCUAUUCUCCUUCUUCUCUAAUUCCCUCUUCUCCGCCUCUUUGCCUUCUUCUUCUUCUUUUGCUACAUAUAAAAAGUCUCUUUCGAUCUUCUAAAAUAUCGUCGUCGUCGUCAUCAUCUUUGUGUUUAUUUUUCUUCUUGUGAUAAGUUAACCUAAUACUUCUGAAAUGGGAAAGGUUUUCUCUCACCGCGUGAUGCUUUUGGUGUUGUUUCUAGCUCCCUUUACCUUGAUACCUUCGACUUUAGCACAACAACAAGAAACCAAACCCGACCCUCUUGCCAUGAACAUGGGAACAAAGCCCUUCACGCAGAGAAAACUAUUAGGGUACGUGCCAGAAGCGAAAAAAGCUGCGUUGCAAAAGCUAGAGGACGUGCUUCUGGAACCCCCACGUGCGGCUUCGGGGAAAUCGAGGGUGUACUUGAAGCGUACCAAGUAUUUGCCUGAUCUGAUGGGUGAUUCGCUGGAGGGUUACCCUCGCCGCGUUUUCAUCGAUGUGGGGCAAAAGGAUGAUGGGAGCGGCUCCGACUGGUUUAGGAAGAGGUAUCCUACGAGGAACACGAACUUCGAGAUCUAUAAGAUAGAGGCUGUGGCUGAGGGUGGCCCACAGAUAGAGAUAUCGGACUGGUUGAGGAAGAACGUGAAGGAGGAAGAGUAUGUGGUGAUGAAAGCUGAGGCUGAGAUGGUGGAGGAGAUGAUGUGGAGUAAGACCAUAACGUUGGUGGAUGAGCUUUUCUUGGAGUGCAAGCCACAGCAAGGGAGUGCAAAGAGCAAGAACAGAAGGGCUUAUUGGGAGUGUUUGGCUCUGUAUGGAAAGUUGAGAGAUGAAGGUGUGGCUGUGCAUCAGUGGUGGGGUUGAUUUGAUUCAAUGUUUUGAAUUACAAUCCGUUAUGAUUUUGUUCUGAUUCUUGAUCUAAAAUAUUUUGAGCAACUUUCAGACAAAUUUCAGACAGGAGCUGCUGAUAUCUCAUAAAACUUGUUUUGUUGCUGUCUAAAUGUUAGUGAUGAACCGUAUUUCAAAGCCUUGAUUUAUAUUGAUUGAUACUGGGUUAGACACAACAUAAAAGUGGGUGAUUCCAAGACUUUUUGCUGUUCACAUUAGUAGUGCAGAUAAAGACAUUGUAUUGAGGUUAAAGAGUGAAAGUCCACCGAGAGUUUUCAUUUUUCUCUCCUCUUUUUAUUGAG